GCAUCAGUAUCUCAGUCAUACCCCAAAGUCAACCACCAACUACAAAAAAACCACCCAAACCACAAACAUGAAGAUCUUCCAGGCCGCCGCUGUCCUCCUCGCCAUGUUCGCUUCCCUGGCCUAUGCUGCUCCUGAACCUGGAACCGUGCUGAUCCAGACCGACAACACCCAGUACAUUCGCACCGGUUAGGACUUGACAGCUAAACAAUUUCCUAUGUCUUCCAUUUAAAUUGCUAAUAAAAAUAAUUAAAUGUACAAAAUUUA